GUCGUCGUUCGCGUCGGUUGACGGUUCUUUGCCUCCCAGAACAGAAAAAAACUGAUUCAAAAUGCAAUUGAAGAGUACACUGCAUAUCUUGCUCCUGACUCUGAUGGCUCUUCAGCAGCUGGACUUGGGCUCUAGUUCUCGGAUCCUGGCAGCCUUCUUCUUUCCCGGCAAGAGUCAUUUCAUGAUGACCAAUGCGAUCAUUCGGGAAUUGGUGAAGCGAGGCCAUGAAGUCACCUUCAUCACACCCUUCUCCUUGGCCAAGGAGAAGCUGGGACCCAACUAUAAGGAAAUUGUGAUUCCACAAUACAAUUUCUGGCCAGAGAUCAAGGAGAUGACCCAGAAGAGCACUGUUCUGGAGAUGACCGAUGUGGAUAAUCUGACCUUCCUGCGCGUAGUUCAAGUUAUGGGUAUCCACAGCACGGACUUUGCCUUCGAGCAGCCAGAGAUUCAGGCAUUGGUCAAUGCCAAGGAUAAGGUCGGGAAGUACGAUCUCCUCCUGGCGGAGCAGUUUUUUAACGAAGGAGCCCUAAUUCUUGGACAUCUCUACCAGAUUCCCAUGAUCACCGUCUCGACCUUUGGCUUUGCCAAUUACCUCAGUCAGUUGUUUGGAGUGGUUUCUCCCUGGUCAUAUGUUCCUCAUGCCUAUAUGACAUAUACUGACAAGAUGUCCCUGUGGGAACGUAUCGGAAAUGUGGCCAUUUGUGGUGCCGAGGAUCUCAUAAGGGAGUUCUCCUAUUACCCGAAUCAGGAUGCCAUUCUCCGGAAGCACUUUUCCAAUAAGCUCGAUAGAGUUCCCUCUGUCAAGGAGCUGGAGAGAAAUAUCUCCGCCGUUCUGCUGAACAGCUACAUGCCCCUGGCCUCAGCUAGACCCACAUCCUACAACAUGAUUCAGGUCGGUGGACUGCACAUCCAGUCGGCCAAGGCGUUGCCGGAGGAUCUGAAGCAGUUCCUGGAUGGAGCCACCCAUGGAGCCAUUUACUUUAGUCUGGGCUCCCAAGUGCGAAGUGCCGAUCUCCCGCCCGAGAAACUUAAGGUAUUCCUGAACGUCUUUGGCAGUCUGAAGCAGCGGGUUCUGUGGAAGUUCGAGGAUGAGACACUGCCCAAUCUCCCAGCCAAUGUGAAGGUUCAGAGUUGGAUGCCCCAGGCAGAUAUCCUGGCACAUCCCAAUGUUAAAGUAUUCAUCGCCCACGGAGGACUCUUUGGUACCCAGGAAGCGGUGCACAACGGAGUUCCCAUCCUGGGCAUGCCCGUCUACUGUGAUCAGCACCUGAACAUAAAUCAGGCCAAAAAGGCAGGCUAUGCCUUGGAUCUGGAUUACAGGACGGUGACGGAGGAAGAGCUCAGGGAAUCCCUGCUGGAGCUGAUCGAGAACCCCAAGUACAGGAACAACAUGAGGCAGGCGUCUAAAGUGUUCCGAGAUCGACCUCUCAGCGCUAUGGAUACGGCAAUGUAUUGGAUAAACUAUGUGAUCGAGCACCGGGGGGCACCUCACAUGGUCUCCGCUGGAGUCCACCUGCCUUGGUAUCAGUUCUACCUCUUGGAUAUUGUUGGCAUGGCUCUAGUCCUCAUCCUCCUGCCGAUCAUUGCUUUAGCAAUCAUCUGCCGGAAGAGCUCCAAAUCGAUGAAUAAUCACAAGCUGAAGUCGAAGACAAAUUAAAACAAGAAUGGAAGCUAACUUCGAGAAGCCGAAUGUGUAUGGCCUUGCAGUAGUUAUUAAUGAUCCUUCAUAAGUUUAAAGAAUGCGAAAUUGACCAAAACUAAUCCAUUAAAAUGCAUUAAUCUCAAUUUGAAAA